AUGCGGAGUAGAAACGGUGGAACGCGGCUGUGCAGAGCAUGGCUGCGGUCAUCGAGGUACAGAGACCUGGGAAGGGUAGCAGAGGUAGAGGGAGCAGACAGAAUCUCCCUCACCUCAACCUUCAAGAAGCCGCCGAGCUCUCAGUUGUUGAAGAACGUUUUCAUAACCAUUGGCGAUGAAUGCAGGCCGUGCGAUUUCCAGCAGGGGAACGACAAGGUUCCUGGCGCUGUUCGUCUACACAGCUCCUUCAAGCGAAAAGUUUCUCCUGGCGAUCCUUACAUCAUCACCUCCAUGCACGUGUACUUCCUGAGAGACGCGGAGAACAAACACACCAGCGAGCCCCCUGUUGACUCUCACCGAGAUUAUCAGAUGGUCCUCAAGUCAGCAUUCUUGUGGGAGAGGAGCGAGGACAUCUCCUAUCUUUCCUGCCAGCCCACCGAGUGGCAAGGUGAUUCGAAUCCGUACCAGGAUCCAUCCGCCGUAAGAGCUGCUGUGCAUGGUGACCGAGCCAGGACGGAGGACGGGAAUCCUUUCGUCUGGCAGACCAUGCGCUCGAGGAAGCUGGCUGCCGCAGUGAUGGAAGGAGCUCCAAGGCAUGAUCUGCAUGAGGUGGCUUGUGAACAGCGAUCGGCAACGCAGGGAGACAAUCGCGUGCCCCGAAGGAAGGCGAACAAGAUUAACAUCGUGAUAUCGAACGACGCCAUCCUGAACAGUUGA